AUGGCUCUUUACUUUCUUUAUCCCGCCGUGGCCGCCGUUGCCCUGUUCAUCGUUGCCGUGAUCAUUGUCAUGCUGCGCUACGGUCCCCGUUUGUGCGGCCUGCGCCACCAUGCGCUCCCGGACAACGACGACCUGCGGGAGAAGACGUACGAGCACGAGAUUAGCUAUGCCUAAUCUCCAAUUUACACUCUUAUGCUUCUUUUAUAUCAACUAACCUUUAGAUAUCCCGUAAGCUGCCUCCACUAACCCAUCUGCACCCAAGAGUAAUUAUUUUGCAUGCAGUACAAACAUCCAUUUUCCAUCCACAAUAAUCAGACAAUGUGCCUUAAUCUCUCGUGAAAAAUUAUGCCGUCCAAGUGUCUUUUUAGUGCCGUAAGAUCGUAAUAACUACAAAUAAUCGUAUACAUUUACCCCUUUUGGGUAGUCGACAGAUGCUGCAUUUAAUGUAACAAAUCAAAUAUUCUAUAUAAAUAUUUCUACAACAUAUCAGUAUGUCUUGCAUCUGCUUAUAUCAAUGCAAACUCUAUACAUUUGUAUGUGUCCGCUCAGUUCUCCCCAAUAUUGUAUCACUUUGAAUAAAGCUCGAGUUUACGUUCCCGAUAAAAAGUA